GUGCAGUCAGCUGAUACUGAAGGAGUCACUUGGAUGAAUGACCUAACACUUCUUCUCCCACUAAAAACGCUACGUCCAGAUGAACAGAAUGAACUAGUACAUGGCCGGUCUUUAGCCACAUAUAUAAAACAUUAAGCAGAACAUGGAUGUCCAUCUUGUAUUCAAGAUGGCAAAGCAACAUGGCGGCUUUCACAACCCAGUUCCCGCUCCCAUGUGUAAUUUCAAUUUGCUGGAAGACGUAAUUACACACAUCAGUGUGUGUUUAUGACUACAACAUUGAUUGCUUUUCUAUUAAAUAACCUAAAAAUUACUUACUGUACCUUUAAGAGCGGGGCAUCUUAGAAAAAAAGAAAACUGAUGAUCAGUUGACCAUUGGUUGAGAAAUCAAAGAUAAUGCUGUUCUUCAGAAAAACAACAAAACAAAGACUUUCUAGAAUAUUUCUAAUACGAUACAUUAUUUUACAUCACUUCCGGACUAUAGCUGGGUACUACCCAUCACCUUUACGUUUCCUGCAGUCUAAACCGGAGGGCAUAGGGAGACGUGGCGUCUGUAGCGGAGGGGUGUUUGCUCCUCAGCACGCCGACUUUCUCCAGCAUGGAGCAGCCACACAGUGAAGGAGGAGAGCCUGCAGAAGCUGCGCAGCACCGCCCCCCAGCGCUUCUGCAGAGUUUCCGCUUGACACCCACGGCAGCCUGAUGGGAUGCAUGCGGAAUGUUUGAGGCGGGCUCUUUUGGAGGACCCAGGUGUUGGGACGGCGUCCAGCAGCUUAUCGCUACAGUGUUACAACACAUCAGCAUUACCUGGCGCUGAGCCACUUUGGACGCAGAGGUCGACGGGCACGGCUCUCUCACUCUCUUUCGCUCUGCUGAUGAGUGGAGAAGACUCCUACACGGAAGUUGUUGUUGUCGGAUGGCAUCUAUUUCCCAAAAGUUCACAAUGAGGACGGGCGUCUUUCUGCUCCUUCUCGCAGUCUUCACCUGUGGACUCGCGCAGGUAGACCACGAUGACGCCCCCGAGGAGCUGCAGGUGGAGACCUUGGUGAAACCCGAAACUUGCUCCAUGCUUUCCAGAAUGGGAGACACGCUGCAGAUCCACUACACGGGUAAACUGAUGGAUGGAAAGGUGAUUGACACAUCUCUAUCCCGGGAUCCUCUUGUUGUCGAGCUGGGGAAGAGGACAGUCAUCGCUGGUCUGGAGCAAAGCUUGAUUGGCAUCUGUGAAGGGCAGAAAAUCAAAGCCACUAUUCCCUCUCACCUCGCAUAUGGAAAGAAAGGUUACCCUCCAACAAUUCCAGGUAAUGCUGCUCUGGAGUUCGAGGUGGAGGUGAUUUCACUCUCGCAGCAGACGCAGUGGCAGAGGAUGGUCAACGAUGUGUUCCCCCUGGUGUGUUUGGCCCUGGUGCCCACUCUGCUGGGCUUGGUGGGACUUUACCUCUACAAAAAGGCCAGUGCCCAGAAGGCUAGCAAAAAGAAGGCCAAGGAUAAGAAGAGCAAGAAGAAAUAAGGACAAAUCACUGAACUAUUUAAAUAAAUGUUUUUUUUUAAUUGAA